GCACAUGUUGGCCUCCUCCUCUUCCUCCUCCUCCUUUAUGAAUAGCGUGAGUGUGAGCAGAGGGCAGCCUGUAAAGUUGAGCUUCACUGCAUUAUCACAGCACAAUUUCAGGCAAGGGGGGAGCAGGCCAUGCAAUAAGCUACCAGGGAAAAGGGGGUGAUGAUGGUACCCACCUACUCCUAAGACUUCAAACUAUCCAUUAUUUCAUAACCAGGCUCAGUCUCUUUUUGACUUUACACAGCACCUGGACUUCUCUUUGCACCUCUAAGAGUUUGAAUUGUUUUGAUUGUUUUUAACCCUUCUUCCAAACAUGGGCUGCUCCUCGUCCAGUGCACAAACUAUUGAUCAGGAGAAAAGGCCGGGUACAAAGCCAGAGGAGAGUAAUGGAGACACAGUGGGUGAGUAGUGAGCAGACUGUCUGGUUUAAAUGUGUUGAGCUGAAGUUUCUCUUUAAAACUGUCAGUGAUCUGUGCAAUAUGAGACAGGACAGACAGUUUCUCAAGAUGUUCACAAGUUCAGCAGAGUUAGGCUACUUUCCCUUCGUGGAGUCUCUCAGAGGGGACUGUGACUCCAAACCCAACAAGUACACUAUGUGCUUUCUGACUUCACUGUGCUGCAGAGAGUAUUGCUGAUCCAUGUGGGGCAAAGACUUAAAGUUAAAUCUUUUCCUCAAAAGCAGCUGAUGUUUAUUUUUACAGUGGUCUUAUCUUACUUGGUGCCCAGAGCUUGUGUUUUUUUUGUGUGUUAGAAAGUGAAUUGCAGCAAGUUUACAUUCAAAAUCAGACCUGAGAGAGGGCUAACUUUGUGUGAUUGUGUUAAAGUGCCUGCAUCAUUCAGUGGGGCUGAAUGAAUGUUCCUGUGUUUUUUAUGGAUUAUAUAGGUUGGACAAAGCCUGCCCAAAGUGUCAUCCUUUUUCAGCAGCAUUGAGUGAAAGCAGCUGGGAGUGUUCCUCAUGUUGCUUCUAAAGCUGAGAGUGCUGUCCUACUGCAGCCUGAGGUUAAGGUUGCAACCCAACCUGUUUUUCACUCCAGAGGCCAGCAGUGAAAUGUGCUGAAACGACCUGCUUUUGAGCUGUAUAUACACAUAUAGGUCCCUACUGUUGCUUUGAGGAGUGAGUACACCGGGCAAAGCAGGGGGCUACUUCUUUUGUUUUCACACUUCUCUGAAAUACCUCAUUGGGACUGAAAAGACAGGCUCUGAUUUAUUUUUGUGCCCAGAGGUAGUCCUGCUCUACAUGUACAUUUAAUUUUCCCUGUGUUAUGCAUCUGGAUAUGAAGUGGGACUCUGUUCAUUCUCGUGUGAGCCCGCUCUGUGAGGCCUGCCAAAGACUGUCACAAUAGUUUCCCGUUCAUGGGUUUAACUUAAUGACACAUGGCAUGCACAGAGGGCUCACACGUUAUCUCCACACAUUAACAUUAACAUUAAAUGACAGCUGCUACACUGAAAGGAAAUGUGUAUGUGAUUGAUCAACUGAACUUUUUAAUAAAACUAGGAAUGAAGCAGGGUCAGUGUCUGAAUGUUGAAGAUAAAUUAAGUUGUUUCUUUUUGCCUGUUGAUAGUCAAUAUAACUCUAUCAGCUCCUCUGUGCGUAUCAUCUCCAUCCUCUACUGUGUUCUUUUGUAUUUUGUUUGACUGAGUCAGUCAGUUAUGGUCACCUGAAGAAGUGCUGCUGCCUCUCCAGCCUCUUACAUCACCUCCUGUAAGAAAUAAGUAAUUGUACUCUUUGCCUAAGCAGACUUCUCUGAGAGUGGGGCGGUUGGAGGUCUCAAUCAUACAGUGAACAGUCUGUCUUACAGACCAGCUCUAUGCCAUCCAAGCUGCCGGUCCCAUCCCCGUCUAUCCCCCUGUUUGUCUCUGUGCUUUUUGUCAGCCAAAGCUCUGUUUUGACUGGGAUCUCUGUCAUCUCUGGCUGUGAAAUCAUGUUGACACACGAGUCAUCCAUGUCUGGAGCAGCUGAUUGUGUCUCUGCCCAAACACACAUUCACACUCUUUACCAACCAGGUCAGACCUGCUGUGAAGACAACACAUUUGUUGUCUGUAUAAUAGUUGGUGAUGGCUGUAAAAGUUCUUUUUUGUUUGUUUGUUUGUUUUAACAUGAUUUUACUGUCAAACACUGUAGCUCAACCUUGAAUGUUUGAUUUCACUUGAGCUCUUUGUGUUGUGGAUUCUUUUACCGUCUCAUUUGUUGGGUUGCAGGGCUGUCACAUUCUUUUCCACCCAUUAACCAAAGCUGUCUUUAUCACUCCUGACAUACGAGUCAAAUCAGACAGCUUUACCAUCAGUCUAUCCACCCAUUUCACUUCCUGCGCUGUGUUUUGAAUGAGUGAAUAAAGUCAGAUGGAUUUUUUAGCAGUGAAAUAGUGCUGAGGAACACUGUUAUUUAAAUCAGAAUCAGCCUCAUUGGCCAAGUAUGUGGACACAUACAAGGAAUAAGACUGCGGUAAACUUUGCCCACUAUGUGCAUGAAAUAUAACAAAUUUUAAACAUGAAAUAUUACAAAACUUAUUUUUAAAAAUUACAGAAAGUAAAUACUAAACAAUGCUAUAAAAGGUAGUUGUAGUUUUUGUAAUUAACUUAUAAAGACACAUUUUCUAAAGCAACUGCACCUCACACUAGUGUUUAGUACUGAAGUCCAAGCCCGGACUCAAAGUGUUGCCAUGUUGCAGCUUUUACAGAUGAACACAGUGGGCAUCACAGUCUGAAAGACCCCAAAAGAGGGACUGCCUUGUUCUGGUCUGUCACCAUUCUUAGUAAAGCACCUCUCUUUUUCCAUCCUGUACAGCUGUCAACAAUGUCAUCAACAAAGAAGAUGCCCAAACCAUUGAGGACCAAAUGCAGCUGCCUGUGCAGACUGCCCUACCAGAGGAUCUUCAGCCAGUCAGUGAUGGCACGCUGGAGCCUGUGUCAGUGGCCUUGGAGGCUCAGGAGGCUCCUAGCUCUGGGACUGACCUUCUGCCUGUGUCUGAGCCUCAGCAAGAACCUGUUGCCUCUGCAGAUUUGGCUCCAGAAGCUGCAGAUCUAAUUGAAGGUGACACAGAACCUGAGGUCGCCGUUGAAGUAGUUGAAGAUGUAGCAGCUGUGGAGGUACCUGCCCCUGUAGAGACAGUGGCUGUGACUGAAGUUCCUGUUGAGUCUACAGAGAAGGUCCCCUCAGUUGACUCAGUUGUAGAAGUGCACACAGAAGCCCCUGCUCCUGCUGUUGAGGAGGUGACUGCUGCGAUACCUGAGGCCACACCUGAAGCUGAAGUUCCUGUUGAGUCUACCGAGAAGGUCUCCGCGGUGGACUCAGUUGUAGAAGUGCAGGCAGAUGCUCCUACUCUUGCUGUUGAGGAGGUGACUGCCGUGAUACCUGAGGCUGUUUCUGAAGCUGAAGUUCCUGCUGAGUCUGCAGAGGAGGUCCCCUCGGUGGACUCAGAUGCCCCUGCUCCUGCUGUUGAGGAGGUGACUGCCGUUAUACCUGAGCCCUCUCCUGAAGUCAAGGUUUUAGCCGAGUCUACAGAGGAGGUCCCCUCGGCUGACUCAGGUGUGGAUGUGCAGGUAGAAGCCCCUGCUGCUGUUGAGGAGGUGACUGCUGUGAUACCUGAGCCCCCUCCUGAAGUUGAUGCCCCGGCUGUUGAAGCUGCCAUAUCUGAGCCAACAGUGGCUACAGAGGAGGCAGCGGCUGAGGCCCCUGUCACUGUGUCUGCUCCUGAAGAGGCAGAGUCUCCGACUGACAAUGCUGCACUAAAAACUGCCUCUACAGCACCAUGUGAAUCCGCAGAACCAGCUGAGGCUGAAGCACCUGCACCAAGUGAUGCUUCAGCUUUAGCUGAGCCAGCAGCCCCAGGUGAAGGUGUGGGGCCAGAAGAGGUUUUGUCACCGAGUCAAGUCCCAGCACCUUUACCGGUCACAGAAUCUAUCAUAGAUCCAGUGAUUGCUGUUGCAACAAUUCCAGAUAUGCCUCCAUUAUCUGCAGUACCUGCCGUGAGCCCUGUGGAUACAGCUCCAGCAGCUGAGGUUCCCUGCCACACCGAAGCCAUUCCAGAACCUGAACCAGCUAAUCUAGAAACCUCAUCUGAUGCUCCCGCAGCAACUGUCACCUCAGAGCCAGAGGGAGCCAGUGUAGCAGGCUCUGCAGUAUCCCCAGCUCCUGAAACCACACUUGAAGGUAUUAAUGUCAAUUUCAACAUCUAUUUUUGAUCUUAUUUCCAGUCAGUCAUUUCACAUAUUUGUCCAUGCCUAGUAAAUACUAUAAAAUGACUGCCUUUUCAGGUGACGAAACACUAUAUGCAUGUAUAAAACUGCAAAACAUGAUGCAGCAAGCGACUAUUGUUUCAUUUCUAGAUUUUUGAGGUAUCGUACCCUGUUUUCAGCUGCUUGAAUAGUGAUAAACUCUGGACUGACUAGAGGGCUGACUGUUGCUGUACGUUACUCUCUGGCUGAUGAAGAAGAUCUUUUCUUGCCUGUGGUACUGAAAUGAUAAAGCUGUGUAGAAAUACAGCAGAGAGAAAAUGCAGGUUUGUCUCAUGAGUGACUCUAAGCAGGAGAAUGUUAUCAGCAGGUCCAGUCAUGCAGCUGUGAUCAGAGGUGAGCUGACUACUAUAAAAAUACUGCACUGCCACUCAGAAUUACAUAAAUAAUCUAAUCAUUUGGACCUGCUCCAGAUACAUAGUUACAAGGUCAGAACCUGUUUAAGGGUUCAUUUUGUAGAGAAAGAGUCUCCGGAGACACUCUAAGAUUUUUAUCAGAUUUAUGACAGAUAUAUUAGUCAAAAAAAUGGCAGUAGUUGACUUGCCAGACCACAUCAUGUGUAAUUCUUCCCACUUUAAACGGUUAUAAAGUUAUCAGACAGUGCGGUGGUUCUGUUAUUAUUUAAACUAGUUUUAACCUUUAACUUUGACAGACAGGGCGAUGAUAUCUGUGUGUGUGUAGUGCUACCCAUGUAUUAUCUCGCUGGUGUGCACUACCUUGUGUGAAGGACCGGGCUCAUGGUCUGUGGACAACUUCCCUAACUUGACUUUAAAAGAACACAAAGUACUUUCAGGGCAGAGAAGAGGCCCUUCACUGCACGUGUGGAGCUGUGGUCUGGUGCUGAAGACAUAUUACAUAACUUUUACAAGGGUUUCUCUGUGGAAGCUAUGCUGUGUAUGCCAGAGCAGUUACUGAGCAGUCAAAGUGAGUAUGUUUCUGUGAGUGCUCAGAGGACAGGCAGCUCACCAGUAAACCAGUUCAGCAGAAUGAGAAGAAGUUUGGAAGGAAUGUUCCUGUUUUACAGCUCCUCCGUGGCUUUGUUAUAGGAAACUGUUAUGUUAACACGCAUCUGUCAAACAGGCUUCAGGUGCCAUCAUGCUUAAGUUUACUAUGUGACUCUUUUAAAAGAAAGAGUGAUUUUUAUUUAUGUAUCUUUCCUCUAUUUAUCUGCAGUGGCGUCUGCGACUGAGGCCUCAUCGGAGGAAAAAGCCAAAAAGGAGGAUUAGCCUGGGGAGAUGGUGAGAUCACAGUCACAGUCACAAUCCACACCAUGUUUAUAUGUUUCUAUACAUGUGUGUGUGUGUGCGUGUGUAUAGUAGUAGUAGUAGUAGUAGUAGUAGUAGUAGUAAUAGUAUUAUAGUGGCAGAUUACAUAACAACUUGUUUUUUCACAGAAAAGAUGCAAAAUACCAAAACCCAUCGGCUGGGAGAAGCUGGAAGAAUAUCAAGAACAAGUAACAAACAUGAACUCUUCAUCUUGUUAUUGUCAGCACUGCACACCAGGUACAUCCACAUGACAGAUGCCUUCAAAAAAUCUAGUUUCCUACGUUUGUUAAGAUAAACCUGUAUAAGCUGCUUUUCGGAGACCUUUGGUGCCUGGAUCCACUUUUUCAGGCCUUUGCAAACCAAGUGCUAUUAACUACCUGAGGUUUUCCUACUCUUACUCUGUACAUUGCAUCUUGAGGUUUUGUAGUCUGAUAUGUGUCUUUACACAGUACUAAAUGUGAAUGAAAUUCUUAGUAACACAGUGUACAGUGUGAUACUGGUAAUUAAUACUGGUAAAUGUACUGUAUUUAAAGUGUGCUUCCUCUGGUCUCAAAGUUUACACUGUCACAUUCACUCAUUCACACCACCAUCAUACACUGAUAGCAGAGGCUGUGAUGACAAGCAGCUCUCGGCAUUUACUUAUCCACCUCACACACUCCCGGUGAAGCAAACUAGAGCACUUUGGGAUCGGUGUCCUGCCCAAAGACACUUCAGCAUGCAGACCAAGGCACCUAGGAUUAAAGUGCUGACUGAGAGACCACCGACCUCACCACUGAGCCACUACUGACAGUCAAACUCAUGUGUCCAUGUGCCAUUACUUUGGUUAUCAGACAAAAAUAUGGUCAAAAUGUGUUUUUUUUUUUUAUUAUGAACAAAAGAGGAAUGAAGCACAAAGAUGUUCAGAUGCAUGAUGAUCCGAGUACUGGAACAAGUGUACUGCUACUUUAUAAGAUUAUUCUCUGGAUGAUUGAGGCAUUUCCCACUAUGAACCAAACCCGUCACUUAGAAACACUGAUACUGUUGGUUUUACCCAAGUACAUGCAUUCAUGACCCUGUACACACGAUUUAGUCUGAAGUAUAGAGUUAAUAUCUCUAAUAUAGAUCUUUUGGUGUGAUCAUGGGGGAAAAACUGCCUAAACUUCUUUAUUUUUUUCUGUUCCUGUCUUCUAUACAUUUGUCUUUAUAUAUUUUAUAUGAUUUUUAUCUGGGCUUUGUUUACAGUUCUUCUUUCCUGUAUAGAAUAAAGUUGUACACACUAAUAA